UGUCAAAUUGAUUGAAAUAAAUGUCAUGUUUACUUAGAAGUCAAAUCAAAUUUUCAUUUUAUUUCUUGACGAAAAUAUAUAAAUUCGCCAAUUGUUUAGUAUUUUGCUAUUGUAGUAAAUCACUGAUGCGGUUCAGUUAAUAUGUCUAAUAAAGGACUUUGAUAUUAAUUUGUAACCCCGAUUGUGUGACAAUGGAGAGUGGGGACAGAAUUUUAGUGGCUGCGGGGCUGACGGCUGCUGUGGUAGUCGGCGCUUUCGUCCUGUGGGGUCCUGGAGGUGCACCUCGUGUAAGGAAACGGCGGGGGCAGAUUGCAGGCUUGCAGAACUUGGGUCGGACCUGUUUUCUCAACACGCUCCUGCAAGCGCUGGCUGCUUGUCCUACCUUCAUAGACUGGCUAAAGAAGUAUGCGAAAAUGGAUGCACAUAAUAGUAUGAUAACAACAUUAUACACAGUUAUUGAAGUUGUGAACGGAACACAUGAGUCUGCCCGUGGCACUCCUGUGUGUCCCCUGGGAGUGCUGCAGGCACUCAGAGCAGCUGGCUGGGUGGUCCCCGCUGACCAGCAGGAUGCACAUGAGCUCUUACAUGUGCUGCUCUCCUGCAUUGAGGAGGAAACCACUGCUAUGGCUCGGAAGCCGGGCUGCCUGUCGGACGCGCUGGGGCUGAACGGCGGGCGCGCGUGGUCGGCGCUGGCGUCGCCGGCGUCGCCGCCCGCCGCCCGCGCCGACUCCACGCCGCCCACGCCCGCGCCGCUGCCACUCGCACGCCCAGCCUCCGCCGCGCCCGCCGACGAGCCCGACCUCGUCCACCCUGAGCCGGCGGCGCCGACGCGGAUGGGGCUGGCGAAGGGCGUGUCGCGGUCGUUCUGCCAGCUGAGCGCGGUGGGGCGGCGCUGGGCCGUGCCGCCGGCGCGUGCGCCGCCGCCGCCCGCCGCGCCCUUCCGCGGCACGCUGGCCUCGCGCCUGCACUGCACCGUCUGCAACGCCAAGAGCCCCAUCCGCUACGACAAGUUCGACAGCAUCUCGUUGUCGAUGGCCAACGCGAGCGUGGGACUCACUGGCUCGUACAGUUUACCAGGCUUGCUGCGCGCGUUCACGGCGCCCGAAAUGGUGAAGGGCGUCCGCUGCAGCAAGUGUUGUCCCGAGCGGCCCGACGCGCCCACUCCGCCCAUUCCGCCCGCCACCAAGCACAUCCGCACGCUCAGCUUCGGGAAGCUGCCGUGCUGCCUGUGCCUGCACGUGGCGCGCGUGGAGUGGGCGGGCGGCGCCCUCAGCAAGCGGCCCGACCACGUCGCCUUCCCCGAGACGCUGUCGCUGGCGCCCUACGCGGCCGUGCCGCAGCCCGAGAUGGAGCUGUCGUCGCUGGUAGACGGGCGGCUGCGCAGCGGGCUGUCGUCGCUGAACGCUGGUGCUGGCGCUGCUGCUGCUGCUGGCGGCGGCCGCGCGGCGGAGGAGCGCGCGCAGUACCGGCUGGUGGCGGUGGUGGUGCACGUGGGCGGCCCGCGUUCCGGACACUUCGCCACCUACCGCCGCGGGAACGGCUUCGAGGCCAACAGAUGGUGGUACACGUCGGACACGCUGGUGCACGAGGUGUCGCUGCAGGAGGUGCUGCGCUGCUCCGCCUACAUGCUGUUCUACGAGCGCGCGCGCCCCGACCCGCUCGUCCACCACUUCUAGGCCUGCGGACGACCGUGAGAUAGAAAAAGCGGCGUCUGGCGUCCUGCGGUAGCGGUAACGUGUCUACCGACAGGUUCGCUAGCCACCUGGCCCCUAGUGGCCGUUUUGUGUCAUAACUCAUCACGCGUCAGACUACAAAGGGUCGCGAUUGUCUCGAUUAACUUUAAUAAUUUUAAAUUUUGACUCUGUGCUGAUUUCUUAGCUUCAGCGAGGCGGAUUAUUUAAUGUCAUUUAUUCUAUAUGAAAAAUAUGAAGUUUCGACCAUUACCCUAAGAACAAGGAAUUACAUAGAAGGAAUGAUAAAAUUAAAAAUGUAAAUCAUAUGGUUGCCUCCUUUUUUCUUAUGCAAAUAUAAUUAGUAAAAAGAAGACGAAGGAUACACCCUCAGUUGUUAUUUUUCUCAAUUCAUAGCAGGCUAGUGUAUAGAAAAUGUUUAAUAUGUCAGUUAUUUGUCAAUGACAAGUUUUACAUUACUAAAUUAUAUAUUGGACACAGUUUAUGUAGAUAGUAUGCAAGCAGGUUGUAUCUGAAAUUGGUAGGGUUAUACGGCCGUAUGACAUUUUCUAUACACUAGCAAUUGAUGGUGUAUCCUUCGUCCUCUUUUCACUAAUUAUAUUUGCAUAAGGAGAAAGGAGGCAACCAUAUGAUUAACAUAUUUUAUUUUAUCAUUACUUCUAUGUAAUUCCUUGUUCUUAGCAAUUAUCUAAUGUCAAAAAUUGUCGCGUCAUAGGUAUACAUGUGUAACUGUAGCUUCAGACAUUCACACUGGAUUAAAACUGAAACGUAACUGUUUCUAACGUGAUAAGUCUCAAAAAUGACAUUUUAGAAUUGAGCCUCGUGUUGUCAUAUUAUUAGGAUCACAUGCGAGCGAGUAGACGUUCGUUUCUUACACAACGCUUAAGCGUGAGUGUUGUGUCUACACUUCAACAACGUGAAUUUACAGGGUACAGAGGAAUAACACCCGAGUCCUCAGGAAUGGCAACGCAUGGGGGGUAUCAUGGGCGAAACAGUAUACUCUGUUAUGUCCAUGGUACUGCUCAUGUGGACAUCUAUAGGCGACGGUUACCACUUUCCAUCAGGUGGGCCGUCAGCUUGUUUGCCAUUCUUUUUUUUAUACAACUUAGAAUGGCAAACGAGCUGACGGCUAACCUGAUGGAAAGUGGUAACCGUCACC